AUGGUGUUUUACAGUGAAUUAAUGGAGGUGGAACACUUCCAAACCAUCUACCACAUGUUUGUGGGUGUUCUCCUUGUUUUUGUGAUCAGCACAGUUGCUGUGGAUAUUAUUGACCAGGGAAGGUUAGUUCUGGAGUUUGAUCUCCUUUUUUAUACCUUUGGGCAGUUUGGGACUGUGGUUUGGUCAUGGAUCUGCCUGUUCAUAUAUUCGCUCCUGGUGCCCUACAAAGUGUUGUCUUUCUGGGGCUCCUGGUAUCCAAAGUCAAAGCACAAGCUCCUGCUAUCCACCUGUCUGGGGAUAUUCCUGCUUGUCAGCCAGACGUGUGUACUCUGCAUUUUCCCCAUCUAUGUGGUAAACCAUUACCGGCUGCCUCCAGCUUCGAGUUUCAUCGUCACUCUGGAACAGGUUCGUUUCCUAAUGAAGACUUACUCUUUUUGUAGAGAGACAAUUCCAGUUGUGCUACAGGAUGAAAGUAAAGAGAAAAAUGCCAAGAUGCCUUCACUUUCGAGUUAUCUUUAUUUUCUCUUCUGUCCAACACUGGUUUACAGAGACAGCUAUCCCAGGACACCAUACAUUAGGUGGAAAUAUGUGGCUAAGAACUUUGCCCAGUUCCUUGGCGGUGUGUUUUUUUUGUACUUUAUCAUGGUCACACUCUGCACCCCGGUAUUCAAAAACUUGAGCAAGCAGCCAUUCAGUACCAAGACCUUGGUGCUUUCCAUCUUCCAUGCCACCCUGCCUGGUGCCUUUGUGCUGCUAAUCUCAUUCUUUGCAUUUCUGCACUGCUGGAUGAACGCAUUUGCUGAGAUGCUCCGCUUUGCAGAUCGCAGGUUUUAUAAGGACUGGUGGAAUUCCAAGUCCUUCUCCAACUACUACCGCACAUGGAAUGUGGUCGUCCAUGAUUGGUUGUAUUAUUAUGUCUACCAGGAUCUGCUAUGGCUGCUCAAGAAGCGUUUUCGCACAGGAGUGACGCUGGCUGUAUUCCUCAUCUCUGCCACUGUACAUGAAUAUGCUUUAACAAUGUCUCUUGGUUUCUUUUACCCGGUCAUGUUCUGCCUUUUUGCUCUUUUUGGAGGCAUAUUUAAUUUCAUGAUGAAUGAUAAACGGACCAGCCCAAUUUGGAAUGUGAUGUUAUGGACCUUCCUCUUCAUUGGUCAGGGGAUCCAGCUGUGCUUAUAUUGUCAGGAGUGGUACGCCCAGAUCCACUGCCCCCUCACAGAGAAAACAUUCUGGGGACUGGUUACUCCACGCUCAUGGUCAUGCCGUUUAUGAUUGGGACUAUAGUAGCUGCUUAACAAUAUAUCUCUAUCUCCAAACAUCUGUGAUGACCACAGUAUGUUCUAAUGUUCUUCCAGAUAUAGGAAACUGACAUCCGAGAGGCUGAAAUGAUGACAUUAUAUGUUCCUGUUGUCAUACCGCUUUCUAGAAAAUAUACUGUGUAAAUAAAAUAUCAGAUGACAUAAAUUUUCUAAAAGUGUCUGAGAGAACAAAUAUUCUGG